UGGAGAUCAGAGGAGAAUCUGAUAAUAGGCUGCUAUCUGUGCGUCACGGCCACAAGAAGAGAGCAGCGGUGAAAGCGGGAGCGCCUCUACACUGUGAUCAGUCCGCCUCCACAUGGCUCAGGCUUUAUCUUAUACUCCCUUCUGAACCCCAAACACAAUAUGAUGUCAUGUACUGGUGUGGGCUCAGCCUGGCUACUUAUCUCUCGCGCUGAUGAUGCGUAAGACACUUUUUUACGCAGUUGAAGUUGUGUUUUUUUCUUGCGUCUUGAAUUUGCUUUACAAACGCCAAAAGGAGGGGAAAUCGCUGGACUGCAGCGUGUGCUGGAAGAAGAAGGGUUCGUCACAAGAUAGCUGUCAUAAAAGCUGCUUUGGUGAUUCCUGAGGAGAACGAAGACCUCUAAGAGGAACAAGCAUCUCAACUGGGGUCAAAUAAAUCGAACAACCUCUGAAACAGGACUGGGUAAAAACAGAAAGGCACUCAUGCUGGGCAGUGAAGGAGAGAGCGGCACCUUCUCGUCUACCAAGGACGCAGAGGAUGAGAGGUGCAAGUCCCCGGCUGUGGAUGGGGACGAUCUGACCGCUGGCAGCAGGUACGCAGAGCAGGGGAUGGUUGCUGACCGCUACUACGUCCACCCCCCUGUGUCUAAACAAAGCCCAGAAACAUCGAACCCCUGCUCUUUUGUCCCUUAUGCCUCCAGUGGGACGGUUUACGCCCCGUCCAGCGCUGGCAGGUACCCCUCAUCUCUACACUUGGGCUCCGUGCUGCCUCCCGCGGGAUUUCCCUCCUCCGCCGCCGGCCGCAGUCAUUUCAGUUCGGCUUACCAGCUAGGGCAGAGCCCCGGCUGCAUCUACCCCCCCUACACUGGCUCAGGGUCUGCUCUCAGUAACAUACCUCUACCCACCGCCGUCCCGGGGAUGAGGGCCCAGGUCUACCUGUGCAACCGGCCGCUGUGGCUCAAGUUCCACCGGCACCAAACCGAGAUGAUCAUCACUAAGCAGGGCAGACGGAUGUUCCCGUUCCUCAGCUUUAACAUAGCCGGUCUCAACCUGACGGCGCACUACAACGUGUUUGUGGAGGUUGUGCUGGCGGAUCCAAACCAUUGGAGAUUUCAAGGUGGCAAAUGGGUCACCUGUGGGAAGGCGGACAACAGCAGCCAAGGGAACAAAGUCUACAUCCAUCCGGAGUCUCCAAACACGGGGGCCCACUGGAUGAGACAAGAGAUCUCCUUCAGCAAACUGAAACUCACCAACAAUAAAGGAACCAGUCAUAGUUCUUCACAGAUGAUCGUCCUGCAAUCACUGCAUAAAUACCAGCCAAGGUUGCACAUCGUGGAGGUGACGGAGGACGGGGUGGAGGACAUUAGCAGUGACAUGAAGACUCAGAGCUUCACCUUUCCAGAGACACAAUUUAUAGCUGUCACGGCCUACCAGAAUACGGAUAUCACACAGCUGAAAAUUGAUCACAACCCUUUUGCCAAAGGAUUCAGAGAUAACUAUGAUUCGAUGUACACAGCUCCAGAACACGAUCGCCUCACCCCAUCUCCAAGCGACUCCCCCCGUGCCCACCAGAUUGUUCCCAGUGCCCGCUAUACCAUGCAACCCCUCUUCCAAGACCAAUUUGUCAACAACCUUCCCCAGAAUCGCUUCUACAACAGUGAGAGAGCAGUGCCGCAGACAAACAGCCUCCUCUCACCUCAGACCGAAGAUGGGGCUUCACAGAGGUGGUUUGUCACCUCCAUGCAGCAAGCGGGAAAUGGCACUAGCACCAGCAACAAGCUAGAUCUCACUCCCUAUGAAGGCGAUUACUCAAGCUCCCUGCUUCCUUAUGGCAUCAAAUCCCUCUCCAUGCAAACAUCUCACGCUCUCAGCUACUACCCUGACUCUCCUUUCACCACCAUGUCUGCAGGGUGGGGAUCCAGAGCAGCAUACCAGAGAAAGGUUGCUCCCAGCCUGCCUUGGUCUCCCAGGCCCAGUCCCACGGCUGGUUUCCCAGAGGACUCAAACAAAGUUAAACCACAGGUGGAAGGGGAGGGGAAUGGCAGUGGAGGACUGAUCUCCUGGGCAGAGACACAGCCAUCAUCUCUGUCCCUAGACAAGGCUGAUUCUUAUUCCACAGCCUGCAAACGAAGGCGCUUGUCUGUUAAUGGUCCCAGCGCAGAGCACUCACCCACUGACAUCAAGUGUGAAGACUUGGCCACUGCUGCCACCAACAGUAGCUCAUAUAGCAAAGAAUCCCCAUCAUCGAAAGGCAUGGCAGCUUACUAUCCCUUUUACACAAACCCUUGAAUGUGUUGUCUCGGAAAUGUAUUGUACCUCAUUGUAUCAUUUUGGUUGUUCUUCAUUUGCCACCAUGAAUAAGAAAUAUUAAUUUGCUUGCUUUGUCAUGCACACACACAGAAUUUGUCUCGGUGGUGAUACAUGUUUUUCCUUUCCUUUUGUGAUGACACAGGGCAUAUCAAGGACACAUUCAAAUGAUGAUGUUAAGUCAAGGGACAUGUGUCACACAGUAAGCAUCAACAUCCCGCGAUACUGAUUUAUUCCAUAUAAUCUGUCUAUAGUGAAUACAUCCUCCUGGACUGUUUGAUCACCCCACUUAUGUAACUCUGUGUUUGGAAUUUAAAAAUGCCAAAGCAUUUGUUUAAGUUUUCAUUGUGCAUACAUUACUGUAUCUGCCUUCAAAUUGAGCUUAUGUCUUAACAGAUUAUUUAUUGAAGGACUGUUGAUAUGAAAAUUGUGCACUCAUAAAUGUGAGGAUAAUAUGCUGUAUAUACCGUCAUGGCAAUGUUCAGAUAUUUGAUAAUAA